AUGGCCUCUGUCGUAGACCUGCCUGGGACGAGCGACCUGCCAGGGACGGGCGGCCUGCCAGGGACGGGCGGCCUGCCAGGGACGCGCGACCUGCCUGGGACGAGCGACCUGCCAGGGACGGGCGGCCUGCCAGGGACGCGCGACCUGCCUGGGACGAGCGACCUGCCAGGGACGGGCGCCCUGCCAGGGACGGGCGGCCUGCCAGGGACGGGCGACCUGCCAGGGACGGGCGGCCUGCCAGGGACGGGCGACCUGCCACGGACGGGCGACCUGCCACGGACGGGCGACCUGCCAGGGACGAGCGACCUGCCUGGGACGGGCGGCCUGCCAGGGACGGGCGGCCUGCCACGGACGGGCGACCUGACACGGACGGGCGGCCUGCCACGGACGGGCGACCUGCCACGGACGGGCGACCUGCCAGGGACGGGCGACCUGCCAGGGACGCGCGACCUGCCAGGGACGGGCGGCCUGCCAGGGACGGGCGACCUGCCAGGGACGGGCGGCCUGCCAGGGACGGGCGACCUGCCAGGGACGGGCGGCCUGCCACGGACGGGCGACCUGCCACGGACGGGCGACCUGCCACGGUCGGGCGACCUGCCAGGGGCGCGCGACCUGCCUGGGACGCGCUACCUGCCACGGACGGGCGGCCUGCCUGGGACGGGCGACCUGCCACGGACGGGCGACCUGCCAUGGACGGGCGGCCUGCCUGGGACGGGCGGCCUGCCACGGACGGGCGACCUGCCUGGGACUGGCGGCCUGCCACGGACGGGCGACCUGCCUGGGACGGGCGACCUGCCACGGACGGGCGACCUGCCACGGACGGGCGACCAGCCAGGGACGGGCGACCUGCCAGGGACGGGCGACCUGCCACGGACGGGGACCGGCGACCUGCCUGGGACGGGCGACCUGCCUGGGACGGGCGGCCUGCCAGGGACGGGCGACCUACCUGGGACGGGCGGCCUGCCAGGGACGGGCGACCUGCCUGGGACGGGCGACCUGCCUGGGACGGGCGGCCUGCCAGGGACGGGCGACCUGCCUGGGACGGGCGACCUGCCUGGGACGGGCGGCCUGCCAGGGACGGGCGACCUGCCUGGGACGGGCAGCUUGCCAGGGACGGGCGGCCUGCCAGGGACGGGCGGCCUGCCUGGGACGCGCGACCUGCCUGGGACGGGCAGCCUGUCAGGGACGCGCGACCUGCCUGGGACGGGCGCCCUGCCAGGGACGGGCGGCUUGCCAGGGACGGGCGGCCUGCCAGGGACGCGCGACCUGCCACGGACGGGCGACCUGCCAGGGACGGGCGACCUGCCAGGGACGCGCGACCUGCCACGGACGGGCGACCUGCCACGGACGGGCGACCUGCCAGGGACGGACGGCCUGCCAGGGACGGGCGACCUGCCAGGGACGGGCGACCUGCUACGGACGGGCGGCCUGCCACGGACGGGCGACCUGCCAGGGACGGACGACCUGCCAGGGACGGGCGGCCUGCCAGGGAUGGGCGGCCUGCCAGGGACGGGCGGCCUGCCAGGGACGGGCGGCCUGCCAGGGACGGGCGGCCUGCCAGGGACGGGCGGCCUGCCAGGGACGGGCGGCCUGCCAGGGACGGGCGGCCGGCCCGGGACGGGCGGCCUGCCAGGGACGGGCGGCCUGCCAGGGACGGGCGGCCUGCCAGGGACGGGCGGCCUGCCAGGGACGGGCGGCCUGCCAGGGACGGGCGGCCUGCCAGGGACGGGCGGCCGGUAG